AUGUAUCACAAGGAGAAGAGCAUCCAGACCAAGAACAGCGCCUCGGCGCUGUACAACAACCUGGGCGUGCUGCGCAUCGCCCCGCGGCGCCUCACCUACUUCGCGGUGGUCCACGCCAACGUGGUGAACAUGGUCAGCGCGUCCUGGGACGGCCUGGACUACUCCCACCGCCAGCUGCAGUCCAAGGAGCCCAACGUCGCCACGAGCACGUCGCUCGUCACGCAGGCUGCAUUUUGUGUCCUGCCCUCUCGUGACCUGCUGGUGGUGACCUCUCAGAAAGGCAUCCAGAUAUAUGAAUCCGAUGGCUCCAUCAUGGUGUACUGGCAUGCGCUGGAGACGCCGGACACACCUACGGAUAAGGCUGUGUUUGCCCGAGGGAUAUCAGCAGUUUGGGAGAGUUAUAUUUGUGUGGGUGUUUCUUCUGGAUCAAUUCUCGUAUUUGAUGUUCCCAGUAAAGGCAGUAAUAUAACCUUGUCUGAGGUCCUGGAGGAGCACACGGAGUCUAUCACUGACAUGGCCUCUGAGUGCUCCGGCAGCCAGGAGUGCAUAGCUGAUCUGGUCAGUGCAGAUGACGGGGGCAAUCUGUGUGUAUGGAAGUCUGGGGAGGAAUUUCAGCUGCUUAACAAGAUCCAUGGCUUUGAUAUGAGCUGCUCAUCUGUCAAGCUGUGGAAAGGUACAGUGGUGGCAGGUUAUGGCACAGGCCAGAUACGUCUCUAUGAGGCGGUGACGGGAAUCCUGCACGCCGAGGUCAACGCCCAUGCUCGCUGGAUAUACUCACUAGACAUCGCUCCUUUUUCUGGACUGCUUCUGUCUGCCGCUGAGGAUUCUCUAGUCAGGGUGUGGCACCUGAAUUUGACCCCAGAGUCAAACAGUGUGGAGGUUGCCCAUUUGCACAACGAGUGUGUGACUGACACACAAAUCUGUGGCGCCAAGUUCUGCGACAGCGAUGGCUAUGCUUUCGCAGUGACGGGCUAUGACCUGAGUGAGAUUAUUCGCUACACACAGUCGUAAGACCUUGCCUUCUCUGAGGCAAAGUGUAUGAAUGUGAAUUUGGGUUUCCGCAAGAGGUUGUUUAAAAUAAUCUCCUUUUGUAGGGCAGUCCCCCCCCCCCCCAGGGUUAGAAGGACGUAAGCAUUUAACAAGCAAUGCAAAAGUAAAAUGUUAAUGUUUCUAUACAUAUUUUAAGUACAAAUAUACAUGAAUGUAGCUGAAGAAUGUAAUAAAAAAAACUUGGUUAUUCUGACAUAAUUAUUGUUUCAAACAAUUGUACCCGUGGAAGUUUACAAUAAAGAAAGAUUUUUAAUGUUACACUUCACAAACAGAACAGUA